UGUGAUUUUAUUCGUCUGUUGUAAUCUAUAGGAAAUGGCGUAGCAAAGUGUUAAUUUGUUUUUACAUUUUGUAUAUAUAAAUUGUUUUAUUAGACGCAAAUCCAUACGAUUUAAGCAAUUUAUGUCUUAUUCUAAGUAUUUCUCAUGUUUUUGUGCCUAGUGUACUUAUUAUUAAUGUGGGCACAAAUAGCCUAAUUUUGGUUGUGGCUUUGUUCUUCUAAGGACAAAUUUUGUAUUAAUUUAAGUAUGGCUAUGAGUGUAAUGAGUUCGACGAAGAGUUUGGUGGAUUUCGUUCCGUUCAAGGAAUCGCGAAGCCGUUCCGUUCAAGGCCUUGCUAGCAACGUUCGUAGUCCUUCCAUGAAAAUACCGUUGCCUCCUCGUUUGUGGAUCACAGAUUUUGAAGAUGAAUCUUCUGACGAAAUGUGUGGUAGUGUGAGAGACGAUGGUGCUGUGCCCGUGGAGAGGCCAAGAGUGAGAUCUCGGUUCCGUCACCACAAGCAGCGUGCCAAUGCAUCUGUACCUAUUGGAAUUUUCUGGGAUAUAGAAAAUUGUCAGGUACCCCGUGGUUGUUCAGCAAUAGAUGUAGUAGCUGCGAUUCGAGCUAAAUUUCUGACAGGGAGGAGAGAGGCGGACUUUGUUGUUGUGUGUGAUGUGAGAAAGGAAACUCCUCAUAGACUACAGGAACUCAAUGAUGCUCAAGUUAAUUUAAUACAUGUGUGUGGAACACAAAAGAAUGCAGCAGACGAGAAGUUGAGGCAAUGCAUGAGAAGGUUUGGGGAGCUCCACACCACUCCCGCAGCUUUACUUUUGAUCUCAGGAGACAUUAACUUUGCUGCAGACCUCAGUGACUUUAGACAUAGGAAAAACAUGGAAGUGAUAUUGGUGCAUAAACAGAACACCUCAUCUGCCUUAAAAGCGUGUGCCUCAAAUCAUUGUUCUUAUAAUGACCUGAUAGCGCAUGUACCGAGGAAUCCCAAGGUCAGUCAAACUGAAGAAGAAGAAGAACCGACCUGCGAGAUGGAAGUAUUAAACUUGCCAAUAGACCAGACCCCGGAGAGAGUGACCCGUCGUCUCCGUAGACUAUCCGACAACUGUGGGGGCAAAGUGCUGCGAGUGACGGCUUCUACGGCCAUGCUGCGGUUCCCUACACCUGACCACGCUUCUAGAGCUUUAAAACGUAUGGAGGGCGAGGAUGUGUUCGGGCGGAAGAUAGGCACGCGGUUCGCGCGCAGCACGCUCCAGCCGACCUACUCGAGCGACGAGGGCUACAGCACGGCGCCGCAGCAGCGACCGCCGCCCCAGUUCGUGCCUCCGCAAGUGCAGUCGCUGGCGGCCGCUGCGUCGAGCGUGGUGCGCAGAGCGUCCAGCGAGUGGGCGCUGGCGCUGCAGCAGCUGCCCACGCCCAGUGCGCCGCCCAUGGACUUCUGCCCACCGCCCGCGCCCAUGCCGCGCAAGAUCCGAGGCACGCAUGGUUCAAGCUUGGAUGGUUCAGGAUGCUCGUCAAGUAAUAGUGGCGAUGACAGUCGUAGAGACUUGAACCAGAGCCGCGCUGGCUCUCCUUGGAACUCUUCCGUCAGCUUCAGCGAGCAGAGCGAGGGAGAGGGAGAGUCCCCUACCGAGCUUACCGUGACCAACUUACCGUCUUAUGAACCGCAAGUUCUAAAGGACCUACUGUUAAAACUCUUCAAUCAAUACGUCCGAGUGACCCAAGUCUCCAUUUGGACAGCGGGCGACGGGCCUCUAGCAACCGUAGUUCUGCGAUCCGAAUGGGACGCGCGGCUUCUUAUAGCCCGUCUACACAAACGCAGACUAGAAAACCGCUGGGGGCGGCUGAGGCUGGAACUAUCUUUAGGGAGACCAUCCCCUGCCCCAAAUCUAGACGUUUUGCGUGUGCGUCUACGUGCCAUCCUACUCGACCAAAAGAACUAUUCGUUGCCCCUACUAAGAUUACGUGAUGCUUACGCCAGUAGGUAUUGCUGUGCGUUAACUACUUCCGACUUAGCCAGGCUUAAAGAUACAGUAGUAAUUCAUGAAGCGCUCGGUCGUAUGGUGCAGUUGGUAGAUCUCAGGCCGCUUACGAAUUUGGAAUCUGAGGAGACUCCGUGGAAGUGUCAUAUUCAUGCAGUGUUGGGUUCGGGGCAUGAGGACGGUAGUAAGAUCCUGCAGCCUGUGUACAUGAAGUUGAAUAUCCUGGCCAUGAAUACACAGAUGUUGCUGGAGGCUCAUGGAGGAAUUGUGCCGUUGUUGAGUUUCGUGGAGUGUUACGAGGCGAUGUUCCCACCCCUGACGGCUGACUGUCGGUACGGCGUCACUCUGGAGCUGCUUCUGCGCAGCAUCCCGUUCGUGCAGGUGAAGGACAGCCCCUCCAGACACCUCACAUGGGGCCCGCCCCGACUUGAAUCCCCCACCUACAGCUUGAGUGAAUCGUCCCGUUCGAGCGGAGACCGCGACCGUCCGCGCACUGCGCCGGUGCUGGAACCCAUGCUGGCGCUGUUCGAGCGAGAGCUCAUCGACUUGCUGCGUAAGACGCCCCGCUGUUGCAUCUCAUUCAGCAAGCUUAUACCUGCUUUCCAUCACCAUUUCGGUCGGCAGUGCAGAGUUGCUGAUUAUGGUUUCACUAAACUACCGGAUCUACUUGCUGCUCUCAGCAACUCUAUUGUGGUACUCGGUUCUGGAUCAUAUCGCGUGGUUACAAUUUCCGCGGCGGCGCAAAGCAAACGUUGGACGUCUGACCUUAUCAAAAUAUUAAACCACCAGCCAGGCGGGACCAUCAACGUCCAGCAAAUACCAGAGUUAUAUCAGACCACUAUCGGAAGACCUUUCAACACAAUCGAUUACGGUGUUUGCACUAUUGAGGAGUUGUUGGAAAAAGUCGCUCCCGAGAGCGUGGAUAUAGCUCCCGAUGGCACUAUAAGAUUACCCCGGAAGGUACCAACGCUGGAAGAUGUCGCUCACACGAAACAGUUCGCCAAAGAAGCGGUAGAAUUACUUUGCUAUACUCCCAAUUUGAGAAUGGAAUUCUCGCGUUUCGUGCCCGCUUAUCACGCCCACUACAACAGGCAGCUGCGCGUGUCUAACUACGGCUGUACGAAGCUGUUGGAAUUGUUCGAUUUGAUCGCGGAUACGGUGAUGGUGUACUGCGAUCCGUCCGGUGAACGCAUAGUGCGUGUGGCCCCGUUGACUGCUCAGGCGAUAAUGGCGCGGCGUCUGAAAGCGCUAGUGCCGCUGGAAAUGGCGGAUCUGUCGACUGCGUAUGCAGCGCAGUUCGGGGCGCCUCCUCUACCCGAUACGUUAGACGUAUCGACGCUUGAAGCGCUGGUGUACGCUGCAGGAGGCGUGGUGGAGGGAGGUACCGUCUUCUCGGCGGAUGACUUGUCCCAAUGGGCGAGUUCGGCGUUGGCCGCGUGUGCGGUUCUAUCGUCCGAUCGCAGCAUCGCACGCAGUUCUACAGAAGAAUACUUUGUGACUGCGUUCCAUACUGUGUACGGCGCCGAUCCGAAUUUGAAGGUGUUAACGGAGCUCGGUGUUCUAGAAACGUUUGGCCAGCACGUCCGCUUGACUGCACCGUGGCGCACAGUGUGGCGCCUUGCCUUGAUAGUCGCCGACCGCUCGAUGUCGCUUCCUGACACGGAAAUCUUCAUCGAGUAUUCCAAUCGCUACGGUCCCUCGUUCCCCAACUCUGAAACAGAAGGUGCUCAAGCAGUGUCGACCUUCCUUCGCCAGUACAGCUCUGUGUUCGCGGAAGACGGCUCUAAUACAUGGCGGCUGGCUCGCUGGGUGAAGAUGCCCCCCAAACGAGACAUCGCGCCCGUCAAGGUUACUUUCGCGGACUAUUCUGUCUACGAUACUCCGCCCGGACAGAAGGGUUCCCGCGUAUUUGAUUCGCCAAAGAAAAAUAUUUGGUGUUCUCCGCCUGCCAGCGCCUUGCCGGCACCGACGGCUCUGCUCAGCGAUCCUAAACGUCGCACGCGUUUGGCUGCACAGUUCGACGCAGCGUAAAAGUUCCACCAAUUUGCAAAGCAUUCCAACAAAUAAUGAGAUUGCAUGUGUUCCAAUCCAAAGUUGUCAAAGAACAAGAUGAUAAUAUUAUGAAGUCGCAACGAAUUUCUACAACCCGACUAUGUAAGUGUCCUAUAAAUGUGAUGUCUAUAACAAUAAUGUUUUAGAACGUGUAUAUUUUUUGUGUGUUUUAUUAAUUAGAAGUAAGAAAAU